AUGGUUGACGAAAAUGAUCUCAAGCAUGAUAUCGAGCCACCGAGUCAUGACUUCGAUAUUGGGCAGAUGCUCGCUGUCGAGUCUACGCCAGAGGAGGAGAAGAAAGUCCUAAGAAAGCUGGAUUUUGUAUUGAUCCCACUAAUGGGCGCUGCUUAUUUUCUGCAAUUUCUCGACAAGUUGGCAUUGAGUCAGGCGACUUUGUUCAAUCUUCGCGAAGACCUGAAAUUACAUGGCUCGCAAUAUUCGUGGACUUCGGCGGUCUUUUACUUUGGAUACUUCUUUUGGAGUUGGCCCAGCUCAUAUAUCAUCGUUCGUUUGCCAAUUGGGAAAUAUUUGGCUGUCUCCGUCUUUAUUUGGGGCGGGAUUUUAAUGUGCCAUGCUGCAUGCACGAAUUUCACUGGUCUGAUGAUUGCUCGAUUUUUCCUGGGAGUUGGAGAGGCUGCUAUUGCACCUGGCUUCACGUUGCUUACUGGAAUGUUCUAUACUCGGGCUGAGCAGCCUGUUCGACAAUCUGCCUGGUUCUUUGGAAAUUGCAUCGCUGUCCUUAUUGGGCCCUUAGUCGCGUACGGCAUCGGCAACAUCAGUUCGGCCCCAAUCGAGACAUGGAAGCUUAUGUUCUUAAUACUGGGUGCCAUCACAUCGUCGUAUGGUAUCGUUCUUUUUUGGUUUCUUCCAGACUCUCCAACUAAAGCUGUAUUCCUCACGCAAAAUGAGCGGGCUAUUGCGAUCCAGCGUACCAUCAAGAAUAAAACUGGUGUUCUGGACAAUGGGAAGUUCAAGUGGUCCCAGGCGGCAGAUGCUUUGAAAGAUCCACAGGUUUGGCUUUUGGUUUUGAACUCCUUUACAUCGAACCUGUGCAAUGGCGGAAUCACAACAUUCACCUCGAUUAUUACCGCAGGGUUUGGUUUCAGUGAUCUCAAAGCUCUUUUGAUGCAAAUGCCUCAAGGCGGAGCUCAAAUAGUAUUUCUUGUCCUGACAUCUAUAGCGUGUACCUUUAUCCCCCACUCCAGAAUCAUAGCCAUGAUUUUGAAUACAAUUGUUUCUGUGAUCGGCUUGAUAUUGAUUUGGAAGUUGAACCCAGAAGAACAGGUCGGUCGCAUGGUAGGGCUGACUCUGGCUGUUGUCUAUGCCAUCAAUCUGCCCAUCUCACUAAGUGUUGUGACGUCUAAUAUCGCUGGGUUUUCGAAAAAGAGUGUGGCUAGUGCGCUCUUGUUUAUCGCCUACUGUGUUGGCAAUGUUAUUGGGCCACAGUUCUUCCUUGCCUCUGAGGAGCCAUCUUACCCUACCGGUAUCAAAGCAGCCAUGUCAGGACUUGUCUUGAGUAUAUGUUUCUUGAUUUGCUUGCUGGCUUACUACAUCUGGGAAAAUCGACGACGGGAUAGACUUCAUGGUUCCCCUGAGGAGAUGACGGUUAGAGCGGAGUUGCAGGAUGAGCUGUCAAAUAACACAGACCGGGAAAUUGAUAGUUUCCGAUACUUGCUUUAG